AAGGCAUCGAAAGGACGAUUUCCACAAAGCUUUAGCAGAAGAAGAUUGAGAGGAUGUAUCCAGUCCACGAAUGUAAAUGACGCUGUGAAUUGUCUUGAACGUAAGAUCAUGGAUCAUAUGAAUAAAUGUAUGCCCACAAAAACUGUCUCAAUUUCGUCACGUGACCCUUACUUGAUGAGUCCUUUAUUUAAAUCUUUGCUAAACGCUAAAUCCAGAAUUGCUCGGUCGCAAAAGGAUACACUCAGUUUAAUUAACAAAAGGAUUUCUGAUGUCAUUUGUCUAAACAGAAGAAAUUUUAGGGCCUUGGCGGGAAGUAGAACUUGGUGGAGAAAGACGAAUGAUAUUUCUCAGCGAAAUGCAUCGUCAUCAAGAGUUACUUUAGAUAAUGCAUCACUUACAAGAUUAAAUCCCUACUUUGGCGAACUCUGCCACGAUGAUAGUUAUGUCGAAGCGACGCUCUCAAUUAUUGGUGAUGAAGUAGAUAUUCCUAGCUUCACGGAACAGCAGGUAUGGAAUGCCUUUAAAAGAAUAAAGAGGACAGCAACAGGUCCCGAUUAUAUUUCCUAUUGGGUUUGGAAUGAUCAUGCUGAAAUUCUAACCGAAGUUAUAACUAACGUCUGGAAUUUGUCCCUUUCAUCACAUACUUGGCCAGAUUCAUGGAAAAGAGAGAAUAUUAACCCUCUUGCAAAGGUUGAUUUGCCAAAGGAAGAUGGUGACGACUUUCGUGGAAUAAAUAUUACACCUGGAAUUGCGAGGACCUUCGAAAAGCUCGUUUAUAAUAGUCAGAUUAAGUCGACAGUUGAGGAAAUUUUUAUCCCCAACGCAAUUUGCGUACAGGCAGGGGGGAAGUUGUACAAACGCUCUGUUGACUAUUCAGAACAAAGUACUCAGCUUCUUAGAUAG